AUGUCUUCUCAACCCGCAGACCCAUACAAGGCCAAAAACAAAGAUGAACCCGGUCUCGAGCAAAAGGUUCAAGACCUCGUUGAUUUUGUCAAAUCAUCCAAAUUCGGUCUGAUGACCACUCGGGUAGCCGACUCUGGCUUGUUAGUAUCUCGAGCCAUGGCAGUGGCUGCACAGGAAUCCGGCGGCGUCGACCUCCUCUUCCACACCAACACACAAACCGGCAAAACCUCCGAUCUUGAAUCAGACUCCCACGUCAACAUUGGUUUCCUCACCGGCGACGGCAGCUGGGCAUCCAUCUCUGGAACAGCAAGCGUAAUUACCGACCGCAGCGUGGUGCAGAAAUAUUACAGUCCCGCACUCAAGACAUGGCUGGGCGAUCUGGGUGAUGGUGUACAUGAUGGUGGCGAGAAUGAUCCCCGUAUCGGUGUCAUUAAGGUCAAGGCUGUGACUGCGACUUAUGCAGUCAGUAAAGGCACUUUUAUCGGUCGUGGGGUGGAAAUGGUCAAGGGGGCGAUUACAGGGGAGGUGGCUGAUGUAAAUGACCUGAGAGAGUUGAGUCAGCAGGAGAUUGAGCAGUGGAGAAGACAGAAUUAA